AUUCCCAUAAAAUGACAGCGACAAGGCCACAGUGAGUGGCUGUCUGGGGUCUGGGUGAGGCUUCAAUGGGGCGUGAUAGGAAUCGUUGAUAAUACCGGUUACUUCUGGUUAUAUGUGGGUGACACGUUUAAUAUAGUAACGAUGUUCGUCCUUUAGUUCGUCUUCAACCUGAUAAAUGUAGACAUUAGGGAUGGAGAAGAGACGUGGCAAGCUAACUUUUAGCUAGCACCAGGCCCAAAAGCCGGGGUGUUUCCUGCUCCUGCUUACCCUCAUCCUCGACGUCAUCCUCGAAGUCCUCUGGAUCGCUGAAGGAGGGCUCUUCCUCUUCAUACUCUGGGUCGUCCACCAUAUCCACCGUUUCUUGCAUUUAUCACGACUAAAAGACGGAUUUCACUCCACCACAAAGCAGAAUCAGGGAAAUUAAGAGGCUGGCGGUCCUCGGCCGGUGCGGCACCAUGUGCGAUAACGUGAAAAUGGACGAUUGGACGGAAACGUGACACCGGAAGUGGUUCGGGGGGAAGCACGCGCUGCACGUAAUGCGUAGAGUUGUAAAGCAUAUGGAUGGUGCUCUAAAGCGUCUUUUUACCUAUCAGUGCUUCUAUAAAUCACUGAACUGCGCAGUUGUUGUUGCUGCGACAAUUUUACUCUCGCAGAAGAAAGAAGAGGGAAGUCAUGCGCCGGUAAAUGUGAAACUACUUUCCCGCGAGAGAGUAGUCGGCUAAACUACAAGGAAUAAAACAACCUGUCAUCUUUUAGCUUUCUAUUCUUGUUCAUUUUAACUUCAUGACACAAAGCUGUAGCCAUGCUUCAAAGUGAAACGAGUCUGCGUUCACCAUGUGUGCCUCAAUGUAACUGAACUUAGAGGUAAAGGUUGAGGAACUGCGUGGAUUUACUCUGAUGGUUCAUUAAGCAUACACACACACGUAUAUAUACAGUAGUACCAUGGAUAGAGAGUGUGUGUCGCUGCUGCCCAGAGUGUGUGAGGUUCUGGCGGACUCGGGGAGGUCUCUGCCCGAUGACACCAGUCUGGAGAAACUGCUGGACUGGUUCACAGGGCUCAACAACAAGGCUGGUGAUUCUCUGCUGGAGUCUUGCCCAUGUCUGAUCAAAUUCAUCUCCGCUGUGAUCGACGACAAAGACUCAGACCCCAGUGUCCUCUCCUUCACUCUCAAAGUCACAGGAUUAAUUGCAUCCACUGAGGACGGCUUCAAAACACUUCAGGAACGCUCGGUUCUGGACGUAGCAUUCAGCAUUCAGCACUGGAGAGAUGCAGAGCUCUGGGAGGAUCCCUGUGUAAGGAUUGGCUGGAUCCAGGGCUUAAAUAACUCCCUGCAGCACCCAAAGGCUCUGAGUUUCUUUGUAAAAUCAGAUUUUAUUGAACCGCUCCUAAAACUCCAAACAGACUCAAGCUUGUUUGUUGCCUCGGCUGCCAACCAUAUGCUCGCCCACAUCAUGCUCUUCUUCCAGCCGGCCUCAUCUGCAGGAUGUAACAGUGUGUACAAGAAAGACAAAGCAAAUGGGAGCACAAAAACCCUCAAUAUAGACUCGGAACAACCAGCAGCAGAUCACACAGCUGUUGUGAAGGUGAUCUCUGAGUACCUCAGGGAGUCACUUGUACCCAAAGACAACACACAGCUUCAUCAGAGUUUGCAGACCCUCAAGAUGCUGGUCCUGCUUCUGGCGCAGGCUGGACAUCCUCUGAGGGACGAGCUGCUCCAGACUGUCACAGGGUCUCUGGAGGAGGUGGUGACAGCAGGCUGCAGUCAGCUGACAUCACUGCUGAUGAACGUCGUUUUGGCUGCAUACAGAAGCUCCAGCACUGAUGAACGUGUCCCGGACCAGCGCGUCGACCGUCUGCUGUCGUCCAUGUUGAACAUUAACAAACCCUCUGACCUCAUUCGGGCUGCAGCUGCCUUUCUUCACAGCGGCCAUCAAGAUGCUUCCCACACAGCCCAGGCUGUACGAAUACUACUGCUUCCUCUUGAAAUCAUAACUGGUCACAAUCUGCUGGACUCUAACACCACUGCCAAAGACCAUCAGGUUACUGUGGCAGAGCAUCUGAAGAGUAAAACCUCCUGCAUCUCUGUGAUCUGUACCUGUCUGUCAACCACAGCAAACAUCCCCCUCCUGCCCUCUGGCCUCCUCCCCUGUCCUCCGGUUUUAAUUAUCCCUGCAGUUCUCUCCUUAUUGAGGAUCUGCAGCGGUGUCUCUUCCACCCUCUCCUCUGGUUGCAGUGAGACCUGCAGGAAUGUGAUCGGCAGUGGCAAAAUUCAGAAAUGUGCCCUGGAGGCUCUGAUGUCUCUGAGCAGCAGCCCAGGAGCACAGGAGGAAGUCGGUGAAGUUUUUGCAGUGCUGAUAGAAUAUCUGAAGAAUCCUGAUUCUGACCCCACUGUUCUCCAUAAGUCCUACCAGGCCUUAGUAAAGUGGAUCAGUGUGUGUAAAGAUCUUUCCUUUUCUAUCAUAACAGACCAGAUCAGACAAGAUCUGUCCAACGUGGUGAGGAAGCGUGUGUGUGACAUGCGCUGGGAGGUGAGAGACUCAACCGUAGAGUUUCUGGGACACGUUGCCGACAUACGUGUCCUAAAAUCAGCAGGAGAAGUGUGUUCAGCGUCUGAAGCUCUGCUGGGAGGCUGCUGUGCCACCUCGCUCUUGAGGGAGGCGCUUCAGGAUACAGAGAGUUACGUUAGAGCAAGUGCUGUCUCUGCUCUGGCAAAGACACUGACACACAGCUGGCAGCAGGGGGCAGAACUCACUCAGGAAGAGACUGAAAUUGUGAGCCGGCUGCUUGAAAUCCUCUCUCAGGAUACAGAGGGAUUUGCUAGGAGGGCUGCGGUACGAUACUUCAUCACCUGGUUUUCCUCCUCCUCCUCCUCCUCCUCCUCUCUCCUGAUGCAGAGUGUUCGCUCCAUCCUCUCUCAGGGAAGUGCAGAUCUGGACUGGGAGGUCAAAGUUCACACUCUGGAGCUGGCUGAGCAUCUCAUGGACAAAUCGUUUUCAGGUCAGAAGGGUUACAGGAAGGACUCUGUCACUACUGAUACCCAGCCUCACCCUUAUGGCGUAGUUUCUGAGCAGACCUCCACCCUCCACUCUCACACACAUAGUGUGGAGUCAGGUUUGGUUGUAGCGUUGAAGGAUCUGGUCGAACUGGGAGUCGUUUCAGCGCUGAUGAUUGGUCUGGUUGAUUGCGAUCGCCCUGUGGGUCUGAAGGCCUGCCAACUUUUGAUAAUACUCAGGGAGACAGUCUGCCCUCUGUCGCUGGGUGCACAGGAUGCCACCAUGGCAACAAUUGCUCAAGUGUCCUGUGAACUUCCUGGCUCCGGCUGGGGGCGGGAAAUCAGAAAGAUUCUGGCGAUGAAGACGAACGAUUUGGCCCGAGAGGAGGGCAGAAGUUUGAACGGAGCAGGAAGAGGUGGCACUGAAGAAGAGUGUGAGGUGGAGGAAGACAAGAAUGGGAAAGUUAGUAUGACUGUUGGUGUGUGUGAGGUGUUGAGGUCUCUGGGUUUAGACGACAGGCUGGAGGUCCUGAAUCAGAGCAGUGACCACAUCCACAACUCUCCCCUCUCUCUGCUGCAGGACAUUCUGACUGCAAGGGUGGCUCACACUAGUGCUGACACACAAUCGGGGCAGGAGGUGAUAGUGGACUGUUACUGACACACACACAAACUGAACCCCCACACACUCUGCCUUAUGAUGGCUGCUGUCAGUGAUCAACAACACCCUCUAAUUCCAAGUUACGGUUGUCUUCAUGUUUAUUGAUUCUUUUUCUACUCGAGUGAAAGCUGGAUUCCCUUUGUUACUGAAUUCUACUUACAGACCGACUCUGACUUGUAACGGAGCACUCUUUAUGUUUGUGUUGAUGUAACAUGAAAAGAUAUAUUGAAAAACAUACAGAUUAGACACCUCGUAACUCAUAUUCUCCAACCAAACAGAAAAUAGUUUAUCUUUGUUGGCUUUUUCCUGACAAUAUGUACUGUUAAUUGGUGACACAGUUUGGUCAUAUUUGUCUUUCCUAUCACCAAAGAUUAGUCACAGCUCAACAACCAGACUUCCACUCGAGCACACCUUUCCUCUUGGGUUUGAAAAGUGAAGCUGAUGUAGAAAUGUGUCGGAAACCUGCACCCUGUUCUAAUGGCCAGCAGGGGGCGACUCUACCGGUUGCAGAUUGAAGUCAGACUGAACAGAAACACAAAAGUGAACCUCACUAAAAAUGUUCCUAUUGAGUCUAUGCUCUGGAUUUAUAUAAGAUUGAUCAGGAUCAGCUUCAUGUUGUGGGUACCUUUUGAUUGACUUGUUUGUACCAUGACCAGCUAUCAUUCAGGAUAGAGUUGCAAAAGAAAGAAAGAGACAAAUGUGUCUAUACCAUAGACUGUAUAAAUAUGGACGUAGGAUCCGUGACGUCACCCAUCUGUUUCUGAAGCGCUGUUUUGAGGCCAAUCAUCAGCAGGGGCUAUAUUUUUGCUGUCGAGCGAUUGUGUCGUAAAGAGGCGGGCUUUGAGCCUCCUAGCCAACAGCUACAGUGUUCCCGCCUGUCAAUCAAGGCAGCUAUGCCUCUAUCCAGACUUCACUCAUAUUUUGUACCAGGAUGUUAACAUGUUUAUUUCUGCUGUAAAGAUCAGCUUUUUUGAAUUGGUGUGUAUGUGGUUUCCGGUAUUUCCAGAGCCAGCCUCAAGCGGAUCCUCGAUGGACUGCAGUUUUUAGCACUUCCGCAUUGGACUCAUAUUCUUAGACCGGAGGUUGCCGCUUGAUCUAUACGUUACACAGGAGAUUUAACAAUCAGACACCUUGUUUGGAUCUUUGAUACCAGAACUCAUGAAACAUUUUAUUACACUGCGUAUGUGUCCUGUAAAUCAAAAAUGUCUGUCAAGCAUAAAGAAACUGUAAUAUAAGAGCAUCAUCAGGUCUAACUGUAAACUGUUGCUCUUCAAACUAAUUAUUAUAAAUAAAUAAAAAGAUUAGGGUUUGUAAAAGUGGCUGCUUCCUCUGAA